AACGAUUCAACAAUUCUGCGGCAAUUCCUCUGGUUAUUUCCUGCCUUGAGACAAUAGUCAAAUAUGGGAGAAGUAUAUGCGCCAUCAGUAAGUGUUUGGAAUUAGACCCUUUAGACAAUAAGCUUAAUUUUGCAGUUUAGCUUCGCCGCGUGCUUAUUUUUCGAAUGUUUAUAUCACACAGUGGUCCCGACAGAUGUUCAGUUCGCUAAAACUUUGUACAGAAUACCUAAGCGUUUGAUAGGGUGUUUGACCAUGUUAACUUGACGUCGUUGAUUUCACCCUUCUUCCUUUUUGCAAGGCAAUAUUUUGUCGAACUAAAUACAGGCAAUUGGUACAUCAAAGCGGUUUGUCACUCCACAAAUUAUGUACAAAGCGUUGUAAAUAAUGGAUGUGUUAUUCAGACCUUCCCAUCGCCAGCUGGUCGCAAGAUCAAAAGAUCAAUCUGUUACCAAUAAUAGCUUGAUCACUUGUGUAAUAGCUUAGGUUUCUGCACAAAAAGAACUUAGAUUUUUGAAGAACUCGAUUCAUUUAUUGGUUGAAAACUGAAGGUCUUUUAUAAUAACCUUGGGAUAAUUUAAACAUUCCCAAGUGGUAUUCUUAGGGACAAUCAAAUCACUGCCCCAAAAUCAUAGCCCUCUACAUGUCAUGUAUUUGUACAACUGUAACUUUUAAGAACAGUUCAGACUACAAAAUAACCUUUGUUUUUCACCACUUAAUUACAUUGUACUUCUUAGGGUCAGUCUGAGGCGGCACAACUUCUCGCCACAUUUUGGCCUCGUCAAAUGCAAGAGAUCAGAAAUAUGAAUACUGUAAGUGACAGUUAGUAGAAAUAAAUUUACAGCUGUAGUAGAUGAGAAAUCCCUCAUAUCAUAGGAGGUUUUUUAUGUAUUUGUAGAGAUGCCCUUUAAUUUUAUUAUCAGUUAUGGAUUAGGUGGAGGAGGUGAUUGUUUGGAGGUUGGUGCUGAGUACUUUUCAAAGUGUUUAUGGUCCAUGUCAGUUAAGUGUCUGGUACCUUUAGAUCAAAAUCCAUACAGCAAUUGUGUGUGUGUGUUCAAAUCAGUUUAAUUAAGAGGUAAAAAUUUCUUGCAUUAAAAAUUGUCAGAAGACAGAACCAUACUAGUAAGGUGUUUAAUAAAAUUGGGUUUUAUCAACUUAGCUGUCGGGAUUAGGUAGAUCGGCUGCAGGUUGAGAAGCUGAUUUUUCAUUUAUUAAAUCUUCAUCAGGGUGCAAAGAAAAAACAGUUUUACAACUUGCCAUUCGGGCAAGUUGUAGCUAGCAUGUACUAGCCCAAGAGUCAUUUUAACUAGCAUCCCCCCCCCUUCCAAAAAAAAUAUUGUUUAUGAUCAAAACUGAUUACAGUUUUUCUGUAAUUUGAAUUUCCAAAAAAAAAUCUACUUGCUUCGUGGACAAGUUAAGGACUGAAUACACUAGCCCAAUAGCAAAAUCCACUAGCCCUGGCCUAUCAGACAUGACUUUGUUUGCAUGCUGCUUCAUCAGACUGAAUCACUGAGGGGAUAGAGGGUUUUGUGUGAUAAUGUAAUCAAGGUGGGAGCUAUUUUUGGUAGGAACAUGAUAACAUGAAAAAAAGGAUAAAUUAGUUGAAUGAAAACCGUUUGUCGAUUCUGUCGUGAUUAAGAGUGCUGAUUUGAAUAUGGGGUGUUUGGGCAGGUGAAGCUGGCAGGAAGGAGGCAUUACACUGUACUUUUUAUCCUUGUUCCUUUGUAAAUAAGAAAUUGGCACCAACUGAAGAUACCUUCUCCUUCUCACAUCGUUGUUUUUCAAAGAGCACUUUUCUUUUUUUCAGAAUGAUUUUAAGGUUCAAGAGCUGCCACUUGCAAGAAUUAAGAAAAUAAUGAAACAAGAUGAGGAAGUAAAGGUAAUUUUUAAUGUAGGCUUUUCUUUAUAAUGCCCUGUUUUUAAAAAAUGUGUAAUUAAUCUAACUGCAGAUUUUUAAAACCAGCCUUUUUUAAGACAGUCAUUAAAAUUAAUAUUCUGGCAGCCCUCAGUCAUCUAUUAUAGUGGUCCAGUUUUGGCUUAAUAUGGAAGUAAAAAAGUAUUGUGAUAGCUCAGUGUUCUGUAACAGUUUAUUUUAAGUUUCAGCCUCCCCAAGUUUCUUUCAAAGGGUUAAAAUGACUGUUCUACAAAAGAGGCUCUAUAGAUAUUUUUCUCUUUAGAAUUACCAAAAACUUAUGAUUUGACAGGUUAAAAUUUUAUUUCAGGUCAAAAUUUUUCAACCUAGGUUGAUUCUCAGUUUCCUUUGUCUCCUAGCCCUAAUUUGUGAAUAAAUAGGGCCAGGAAACAAUGGAAAAUUUGAUUUUGACCUAUAACAUAAUUAUACACUGUAUCUGUCAAUCUACAGUAGGGGAGUGAAUAAAUUACUUGUAUAUUGUUAACAAGACAGUGUUAUGUUUUUAUCUGCAGAUGAUCAGUGCAGAGGUAAGAUCACUACUGAAAUUUGUUUGCACAUACAUACACAGUACCCUUUAAGUAGGGGUCCUUUCAAUGUUGAGCAGAUCAAAACACCUCAGCUUGCAGGGCAGUCUUCAAAUUAACUUUGAUCAAAUUAUUUUUUUGUUUCCAUUAAGGUGAGUCUGUAUGGUAGCUGAUGGCCACUUUUGAAAAAAAAUUAUGCAAAACUCAGUAAAGUAUUGUUAAUUAGCAUUUGUUAUACUAUUCAUUAUCAUCAUUAUCAUAAUCAUUUCUCUGAGCCAGAAGGAAAACAAGGCUGUUGCUGUGACAGUCAUGUUUUUAAGGAACUUAACUGUAUUUUGGUAUAACAAUUUCCUGUAAAAUGCUGGAUUCUAUUCUAACAUGCUGAAGAUUCGUUAUUGACAGCAAAAAAAUUAGUUUUUAGUGCAAAGCAAAAAAUACCUGAGUUGCAUUAAAAGUAAAUACAUUCAGAGUUAAUGAAUUUUUUACCUGUCAUAUAUGCCAUAAAUUUAAAUGGAUCUGUAAACUCAGACCAUUUUGCUGUUCUGUUUAGGCUCCAGUUUUGUUUGCAAAAGCUGCCCAAAUCUUCAUUAAUGAGUUGUCGCUUAGAGCCUGGAUUCACACAGAAGAUAACAAGAGAAGAACUCUACAGGUAAAACAAAUACAAGUAUUUGCACUUUAUGGCAUGCAAAUGAAAUGCCUUAGUCGUAGUGUGCUCCAAUAUUAAGUUGUAUGCAAACUAAGAUUUCCUUGUCAUCCAAACGAAAAAGUUAGUUGCCUGGGUCCAAUGGGUUCUGCUAGAACACAGCGGCAUUCAAGCAAUCAUCAUUAACUAAGUUAUCAUACCCUUUUAUUUCAUUUUUUCAUCUACAUCAUUGUUAUAGUUAAUUAGGUAAAUAAUGUUUUUGUUGUUUAUUUUUGCAGAGGAAUGAUAUUGCCAUGGCAAUCACCAAGUUUGAUCAGUUUGAUUUUCUAAUUGACAUUGUUCCAAGAGAUGAACUGAAGCCUCCUAAACGACAGGUAAGUGUCCUGUGUGUGACUGACAUCUAUCUGGUUAAAAUUUCUCAUCAGUAAGGUUUAGUGGAACCUCACCCUACUACCACCAAACUUGGAAGUGACCAGACAUUUGUUUUUCCUUCUCUAUGUAACAGUGACUGUCAUAUUGAAGUAUUUCUAUGGUAUUUAUUGUAGAUGACACUUAAUGGCUGGUCGCAAGGGAAAUAAUGAGAUUGCAGGAAAACAAAAUUAACCAGUUUCCCAUUAAACUAGCCAUGAAGUGGUUUAUUAUGUAGUUAAUGAAGAAAAACUUCUUUGUGUACAAAUUCUUGAAAGUACAGUUAAAUCUCAAUGGAGUCAGUGGUCAACAGUUACUGGCGACAGAGCUCCGUUACCCUCUGACAUCAAAGAUUCAUGUUAAGAAAUUAUAUUAUAAUGCUAUUGUUCUUGUGUUUAAGGCAUUGGUUUAAGGAAAAGUUGUCCUGGGUAAAAGGGUCACCUGCCUACGUUAGCUACCCUGGAUGAGCCAACUUUUCAUACAGUUCCCUAUAAAAUGUGGCGAACCAUUAAUUACAUGGCUGUGAAAAAAAGAGGUUGGUGCAGCUAGAAGGGUGACCCUCCUUAGUAGCCAGGUCACCCUUUUGUGAUAGUAGGGUUAUCCUCCUAGCCAGUCCAAGUUUUCUUCAUAUUAACACUUUGGCUCACCCAGCCGGGUCAACUUAGUCAAGGUGAGACAACCAGAGCAUGCAUGAGUGCUGUUUUAGGCAAUCAAAACAUGCAUGAGUACUAUUGGCUUGGGCAAAGGGGUCAACUUUUUAGUCAUGUAGAGGCUUGCUAAGGUUGGCUCAGCUGAGAUUGUGACCCUUCUAGUUAGGACAAAUGUAUAAACACAGCCUUAGUAAUGCCUGUUAGAGUGGACGCACCCAGUGAGUGCUAUUCAAUGUUGUUAUAUUAGGAUCCCAUACGGCAGACUGUUGUGGCACCAGAUCAAGUGCAGUACUACUUCCAGCUAGCCCAGCAUCAUGUCACAAUGCAACAACAUCAAGCCCAACAACAACAGCAACAGCAACAACAGGCCCAACAACCACCACCUCAACAGCAGCAACAGCAGCUGACAACACAAGUUCAACAAGCUCAAGUAGCAGCCAGCACCCAGCCACAGACCAUUAUCACUAGUGUACCUCAACAACAGAUCGUUACCAUGGCAGUAAGUUUGUAUCUAUUACGAACUCUUUUUAAAUUAUUGAGAAAAAAAUUAUGGAAGGCAAAGCAGGACUAUUGUCAAAUCUCGGUUGUGACUAAGGUUGAAACACUAGCAAUAUUUUAGCCCAAACUACAUUGUUGUAUUUCUCUAAUGUUAUUAAGUUUUUCUUCAAACCAUUUUGAAGCCCCCAGAGAUCAGGCAAAAAAAUUGUACAAAUCCAGUUGUACACUGUAUGUUCCUUUUAUUAAAGUGUUUGGGUAAAGGGCGCUGGGACUGGAAAUUUGCCUGAUUAAAACGUGUACCUGUGAAUGUUAUGGUUAUUAUGUGUUUGAGUCUUACAAUGUAGGUACUCUGAUAGGAAAACAAAUCACUAGCAAUACCAGAAACUGAUUUUCUCUGGCCACUUUCUCUCUUUUCCUGGCUUUUAGUUUUUAACAAAAUUGUGAGAGAGAGUGAAUUGGACGUAAAGAGGGAGGAUUUGUGAUCAAAAGAAAUACGGUUGACUCCCAAUAACUCAAACCCUCGCUAACUCAAAACAUACACUAACUCGAACCCAAAUCGAUUUCCCCAUGAUUUCAUAGAUACAUUUACUGUAAUUUUAUCCUCAGUAACUCGAACCCCUCGAUAACUCGAACCUCCCGCUAACUCAAAGUAGUUUUCGUUUCAACUCAGAUCAUUUCUCAGUCUAUAAUUUUACCCUCGAUAACUCAAACCAAGUUUUGAGCCCUUAAAAAGUCGGGAAAAAACCAGUCUACUGACGUCCGAAACAUUGAAUGUUGAAUUUCCCAUUGAUGUGUUGUAGGCAUAUAGUUUUCUAGUGGAGGCUUAAUGUUGUUCAUCACAAAUCUAACGUGAAACAGCUUUACUUCUCAAAACAGUAAAAUGCAUGCACUCUAUUUAGGCUUUGUUUUGUAACGUUACAUUCUGAUUUAUAAUCUAAAAGUAUCUUUUAAUUUUCACUUAACAUUUCCACUAUUAAAUGUAAUUAAAAUGUUCACUCUGUAGUAAAAACUGUUUUUUUCCCUGCUCCCAGCUAUUCUCUUCAAGCUCGCGAUAACUUGUACUCCCGAUAACUCGAACUUUUUUCAAUUUCCUUUGAAAGUUCGAGUUAUCGGAGUCGACUGUAUUAAAUUUCCUUUUUCAUCUUUACCCCUAUAAGGUACAAUGUGUAGGCUAAUAACAUCAGAUUAGUGCUAAUGUUUUGUUUUGUUUCAGCCUGGCCAGGCCCAGAUAAUACAGAAUCAGCCACAAGAGCAAAGUGAAGUCCCGUAUCCAGUAAGUAACUAACUUUUUGGGUUUGGAAAAAAUGGUACCAAAUCAAAUAAUAAAUUACAAAGUGUAGUAAAAGAGUUAUCGUUUAUUCUCUUUUAAGCCCCUGGGGGGCUUAUUUACUUUAAGCAUGUUUGGGGGGCGGGGGGGUGGGGGGGCUUAAUUAAUUUAUCAAAAUUGGGCACCAUACUGCUUUUUCAAACAGCCAGGUAUCAAUUCUCCAUAAAGAACUAGAACACAAAGUGGAAAAUGCUCAAGCACGUGAUAUUAGAGGUCUUGCAACCAAAGAUUAAAACUAAACCAAACUCCAAGCGUUUGAAUAAACCAUACCAGAACAGUCCAUCUUUUAUUAAUUUGGGUUGUGAAGAAUAAGGAGGGAACAGAGAGGAGAGUUGAGGGGCUAAUAACUCUCUUUCCCUGAAAAGGGGGGCAUAGAGAUGGGGGACUUGGUAGAUGAUUUAUGGUAGAUUAAAGCUUAUUCUAACUCCUACAGCCUGUAGUCAGCUGUCAUUUAUCGAACUGUGAGACACCCCAAAAAUUAAUACUUGGCCUAACUACAGUAUAUUCACUGUGUUCUCUAUGACUUCAAAAAUGCAUGUUCUGAUGACAUUAUCAUUUAAUGCAAGGGACUUGAAGCUCAACUGCAAUAAAUUUUUGAUUUUCUUAGCAGAUUCAUUUUAACCCUGCUCAAAUGCAAUACAUCCGCAUGCAGCAGAUUCAACAACUUCAACAACAGCAGCAACAACAGACACAAGCACAACAGCAGGGACAGCAACAAGCAGCACAACAACCACAGGCUGCCCAACAACCAACACAGGCAACUGCUGACCAGGCACAACAGCAAGCUCAGCAGCAGGCCCAACAAACCAAUACACAACCUACGGAAUUCACAUUUACUUCUGGAGGACAGGUAACAAGAUUACAUUGUGUAAUUUAACAGAGUCCACCACCUUUUGUGGGAAAGGGCAUGGGUCUAAACUGAAAACUCUUUAAGCCACUCUUUUUUAUAAUUAGUGGGCACAAGCAGUAUUGUGAGAAAAGCUGCUGGGGAAGUCUUUGUCAAACUGGAUAAAAUAGGGGCUAGAUAUUCAUGUUCUAACGUACAGGGAGGGUAGGUGAGAGAAACCAAAGAAUGUCUCUCUAACAGUCUAGGGGUUGCUAGGUCAGGGCAUAUACAGUCAUGUACAGAAAACCACCAUUUCUUUUUGUGAAAUGGUUGAUCUUCUCCAGUUCAUCUCCAGGAAUAAGGUGCAAUGUUUUAAAAAUUAAGCAAGAGUAACUACUACAAAAGGAAGGAAAUCCAUUUCUGAGUUGCUUUAAGCCUCUGCUUCAAAGCAAGGCUAAGUGCGAAGCUAUUGAUAUGAAAAUGAAAUUUUAUACUCAAGCAAAUAAAACUAAUUUUUACAUGAAAGGUUUUGCACUUUGCCUCGUUUUGAAAGUGAGAGUAGUUGGAACGUGGAAAUGGCCUAUUUUAGGUUCAAACUGCUGUAAAAUCAAAUUAAGUUAUAUUUUUAUGUUUUUUUACCAUCCAAAGAUUUAUCAAAUUCAGCAACAUCCGCACACAGGAGUGACAGCAGUGGCAGUUGCUGCUCCUCAAGGAACCUUUAUACAACAACAAGGCAGCGCCCAGGAACAAGCAACACUUGCUGCUAAUGAACCACCACAACAACAAUAGACAGGUACACUGUUAAUUAGAUCAAUAGCCUCUGUAAGUCUCCCAUUCACCCGCUGUAUACAGCCUGUCAUGUAUAUCUCGUAUCUACAUGUGGAAGACGCAUUACACAAAAAAUGUAGGCUCUGUUCCUGUCGGUUGCCUCGCAUCUAAUGUUAGAUUAUGUUAUUUGGCUGUCACCAUUUACUCUCAAUGUGUUAUUAUGUAGGGAUUUUCAUAAUGGGUCGCAAUUGAUCCCACUUUUAAUAGGAGGAGUGUUCCAGUAAAAAAUGCGAUCACUGCAUACCGAGUCUCGGUGAUGCUUUCAUUCCGGGGUUGGGCGUCAAGUUCUAACCUUGAAACUGCUUUGUACUUAGAUGAGUUCUUUUUUCUAAUUCGUAAACGUUAAUUUUGUUUUUACAUAUUACCACGAAUGCCUUUAGUCUCAAGUUUAAUGUAAACGAACUAUACUUCUAAUCAAUAAAUUCACGGCAAGUAAAUCCUGUUUGUCUGUAACCAGCCCGUUUUAUUGCCAUCAAAAAUCGAACACAAACGAAAUUUGUUUGAGUAAAUUCAGUUACCAACGUUUUUUGAAGAAAUCUAACGUUUCGAACCAAUGAAACUUAAUUCGAAACGAAAUCCACGGCAUAGUGAAUUUCGCUGCUUUGUCCAAAAAGUCGCCACUAGACUAAAGUUUUUUUUCUCUUUAUUUCAGUGUCCAGAUUGUGGGCCCGAAUGGAAGAUAUUUAAAAGUAUACUUUAUCAUACAAAUUUGCUCCUAUAUACAACAACGCAACGAUACCUAGUCGCCAAGCUUGGCAGCUGUAGAAACCAAACGCAUGGAGUAAUUUAUUUUUGCUGCGAGUUCAGCCGCCGAACAUUAUUUUAUACGCAUUUAGCAUUUUACCCCAUUAAACUGGGUAAUCUAAUUACUCAGGAUGAAUGGGGAUGGAUGUAAACUAUAACGUGGAUGAGGCAAUCCGGGCUGUCGAUUUUUUGAGAAUACGCG